AUCUCAUAAUAUGAUGGAAAGGGGGCAACUGUUAUACCUAUUAGAAGCUCAUCUCAUGUCAUCUGUAUUUUUGUGUUUCAGAAUAAGGGAAUUGGGAGACAGAGAGAGGACUUGGAAUAGUUUAAUGUGAAAAUAUUGGGCACACGCAAUCUCAGACUGGCUCUUCCACCUCCCCCCCUGCAACACUCUUCCCAUUAUUCAAAGCGCGUUCCUCAUUCUCCGGACAAGGGUUUUGUUUCUCUUUGCGCGUGUCCCGUUCUCUUCUCCAAUCAGAUAUCUAUAUCUUAUAUAUUAGUUAAUAGAUGGAGGUUAAGCUAUGGAACGACAAGCGCGAAAGAGAGAUGUAUGAGAAUUUCGCUGAGCUCUUUGCAAUUAUAAAAGCAACAGAGAAGCUCGAGAAAGCUUAUGUGCGCGACAUAAUCUCUCCUACAGAGUAUGAAACUGAAUGUCAAAAGUUGAUUGCCCAUUUUAAAACGCUGUCGUCCACAUUGAAAGACAUUGUACCCAGUAUUGAGCGCUUUCACGAAACAUAUAAGAUGGACUGCCCAGCCGCCCUCAACCGCCUUGUGACAUCCGGAGUUCCUGCCACUGUGGAGCACAGAGCUGCAGCGGCAAUGUCAGCAACUACCUCUGCUGCCAUUGUGGCCGAAUGCGUGCAGAAUUUUAUUACUGCUAUGGACUCAUUGAAACUGAACAUGGUUGCAGUUGAUCAGGUCCAUCCAUUGCUGUCUGAUCUGUCCGCUUCUCUCAAUAAGCUAUCAAUACUGCCACCUGAUUUUGAGGGGAAAACAAAGAUGAGAGAGUGGAUUGCCAGGUUGUCAAAAAUGGGCGCUGCUGAUGAGCUUACUGAGCAACAGGCACGGCAGCUGCACUUUGACCUCGAGUCAUCCUACAACUCGUUUAUGGCAGCAUUACCCACUGCUGGAACAUAGUGGCUUGGGGUAAGGUUGUACAUAUGCGGCUGCAUUUGUUUCCAAUCUAUAACAUUUAAUAUACAUGAUGUUACUGUAACUGUGUUAGAAUACUUUUGUAGGAACUAAUUCUUGCUCAAUGCAUAGCUGCUGAUAUUUUAAACUUACCAUGUGCUUAAGAAUGGUGGGAUUUUUGAAAUGUAAUCUAUAUCUCUAAUGAAUAGAAUACAUUGUCCUGUUUUAUGAA